AUUAGGGAAGCGACAGCAGCAGCAGGAGGAGGAGGCGGCGCAUGGUCAACACAUUGUGAUGCUGAGCCGCUGCAAAACGUUUGUUCCUCUAAUCACUCCUGCACCUCUUAAGGAUCUCUAGAUAUUCGCGGCCCUAACACCACUACCACUAAGUUCCCAGAAAUGAGCCGUCCUGUUAUACCAGCCUCAAAAUGAUGGACUAGGAGAAGUAGAUGAGUGGGAUAUAUAUUGCACCACACUGGUGUACAAUAUUAGCAUAGGUCAGGCAUGCAAGUACUGCACAAAUGGAAAGAUGAGACCUAUCCAUUUUUCGUGGGAUCAAGCUGUCAUUCUCUGUGACAACAAGAAGUGCAAGUCAAUACUCUGUGCCUCUCCUUCUGAUUGUAUCAUCAAGAAAGAGCUUCUGCAGUAUGCACAGGAGCCAUUUUCAGCGCUUGAUCCACCAAGCUUGUUGAGUGAUGGCAGUGGAGGUAGCAGCAGUGGCAUAUACUCAGAAGCAAGAAGCUCGAUAUCAAGUCCUGCUCAGUCACAAAAAUCCAUUACUGAUGAAGAAGUAGAAUUGCUACUGAAAUCGUCUUAUUCUCCAUUGAACUUCAAGAAUCACGUAAACGUUCCCUCAAAAUCAUCAGAUUCAGUCAGUCAUACUAAAAUAGCUUCAGAAAAACACAGUGAUCAUUCAUAUUACUCUAGAUAUGAUGGAUUCUUUGAAUUGUUGGGAAAUCUUGAUCUGGAACCUCCAAUACAGCUACCAAAUACUGUACCACACACUGAAUCAUCAUCUGUGGAAACUAGCCUGGAUUUUGUCACAACAGAAUUAGAGGGAUGGAUGAGAGAUUUUGAGUUUCCAUCAGAUAGUACAAAAAAAUCAAGUAUUAUUUCAGAUGAUUGCCAGCAAGCAUCAGAUGAAGUAUCAAGUGCUGUUUCCUCAGAUGGUUGUUAUCAGUUCCCUGGUGAAGUUGUGAAUGCUGAGUCAUUUACAAAAAAAUUGCACACACCUUGUAUACCAAGCCACAGAUCAGCCUUUUCUCUUGUAGACAUAUUACAUGAAGAAUCUGCAUCCUUCAAUAAUGAUGAGCAAAAUUCUUCUCUUGGUUCCUUGAGUUCUCGUUCUCAUAGUUUAUCAAGUGAAAAAAAUGAAACUUCAGAAUUGAUUGUAAAGUGUGAGAAUUUGUGUGUUUCUGUACCAUUUGUGAAAGAAAACUUGUCAACUUUUCCCACACGUUUCAUGUCUCCAACUGCUUCAGCAGCAAGUGAGGACAGUGGUUACAAUGAAGAGGAUGGUAAAUCUUCAUGUAAUUUAGAGUUGGCUGCUGGUGAAGGAAAUGGGAAGUUAUCUUCGAAAACACUGAUGAAUUCAUCAUUGAAAAAUGUAGAUGAUACUACCAAGUGUAUAUCUAUCAAGCAAUCACAACAGAUCAAUUUUGAAAAACUUAUCCAUAACAGUUUGGACUGGCCAGAAAUGUCUGACAUGCAUACACUGACUGUGCUACCAGCCAUGGUAACUACAGAAAACAAUUUCAGAAACAGGCCUCAAGAAUCAUUGAGUGUGUCCUCCAUUACCCAAAAUACCAGCAGUGAGGAAAUCUGUGUCACAGAACAAGAUGAAAGGGAGAGAAUUAAUUUUGGUACUGAGCAGCGUGAUGGAGGAUUGCAGAUUCCUAUAGAAUCAAGUGAGAAUCAUGAAUAUGUAAGUGUUUUUUCAGAAAAUGAUAAUUGUACUUUAGGAAAUGAGAAUCACAGUAUCAGCAUUUCUGAUGAUCAUGAAAGUGCACCCAUGGAAAAUCAUGAUCAUAUGUUAGAUGUGAAUCAUGGUGUUAGAAUUUUAGAGGAUCAUGAACACAGUGAUUUAUUUUCAAAAACAGAUAAUCAUGUAUUAGCAGAUGAGAGUCAUACUGUCAGUAUUUCAGAAUCAUAUGAUGUUUCUCUCAUAUCUCAGUCUGCUGACUGUUUAGUGAGUGAAAGUGAAGGAUCUAGUCAUUUGACAUAUUCUGAAGCAAAAAAUGUAUCCGAAGAUAAUGCUAAUAGUGCAAAUAGUUUAGACACUUCCAAUGAGACGCUCCUCGGCUCUGAAGAAGAUAAGAACAAAAGAGGAAAAGGAGAAAGAAACAAAAAUAAUAAGUUUAGAAAUUCAUGUGAUCGCAGUGUGAGAUGUGUUCCUUCUGAUAAUGAUGGCACAGUUCCUAAUUCUAGUGAAUCAAGGAUAAGAAACAGAAUCAGUGGUAUAAAAAGGGAUGUAAAAAGAAGGAAAUGCAAGAUCCCUGGACACAGUUACAAUAAAGGAUCAAAACAAAAUUUGCCCUUGAAAAGAGGGAACUUGAAAAAGUCACAAAACCGUGAAAAACCAAAGAGAUCAGCAAUGGCUUAUAAAGUUCUUCCUCGCUUAUCAAAACAUAAGAUAUCAUCCUUGAGAAACCAGCCAUCCACCUCAUCUGGGAAGAACCUUUAUGCAAAGAAUGAUGCAGAGGAACUUCAUGAAAGUGAUAAAAAGAACUUAACAGCCCAAAAUCCAGGAUGGCAGAUUCCAGAGGGAAGAACUAGCAGUCUUUGUAGAAGAGUGACUAACCUCAGCCCAAGGAAACUUCUGGUGGGUCAGAUGAACAGAGACCCAUGGUCAGUCACCGACCUGUACUUGGAGGAGAUAGCAAUAGAAGUUAUAGUGCAAGAUAAGCAAGAAGCAAGUCAUCAUUCUGAUCAAGCAGCUAAGUGUGACAUGCAGCUUCAGGAUUUAUUUAGUUUGUUUGGAAAGGAGCAAACUGAAUCUAAAGUAUCCAAUUUAUCUACCUCAGAACCUACAUUAGCUUUGUCAUCUAAUAUAAAUAGUGAAAUGUUAGAGAAAGAUAAUAAGGUAAGUUAUGAAAGUGAAAGAAUUAAAGUUGAAGAUGAUAGUGAAAACUUAAGUAUAAAUCAUGAACAGAUUACUCAAAAUUUUUCUGCUGCUGAAGACUCAAGACAAAAGGAGUUUGUAGACUCACAUGAAAUUAAACAAGAAAAUGUUGCUACAAAUAUGAUUUACAAAGAAGUUAAAGGGGAAAAUUCUUCCCAAUGUGAUAUUAUUGAUAAGUCACAUCCUACAAACAUGAUUCUGGAAGGUUGUCAAUCACUCCAGAAAGUAGAUUCUAACUCUGAAAACCUCUCUGUGCAAAAAAGCACUUCCUCAGAACCAAAUGAGGAAACUUCACUUGCUGUGGAAAUAGAUUCAAAUAGUUUCAUUGGUGAGGAAGUAGGAUUAUUAAAACAGCAACUAAUUUCCAACACACAUGAAAGUAUGCACACAUCUUCAGAGGAUGAUGAUAAACAAAUAAUUACUCAUAGCCAAGAAACACCUUUCAAUGUAAAGCAAUUAGGUUCGAGCAUAUCGGAGAGUCUUGAGGAAGACAAUAACAAACAAAUUGUAUCAGGCAGUCAAGAAACUUCUAUGAUUGUGAAGGAAUCUUAUGACAAAACUCAAAAUGAAACAAAUCAUGAUUUUUUGACAACAGAAAAUUCUAAAUUGAAUAUGGAAAACUGUGUCAUUCAAGGGUCUCCAGAUCUACCAUUCAGUUUUGAUAAAAAAUCCACUUUUGAACUUCCUGAUAAGCAUUAUAUUGAUGGUUAUACCAGUGAUUUGAAUACUGAAGAAACUUGUAAGUAUACAAAUCCUUGGUUUGAAAAGGUGUAUGAAAAGGAAAAAAAUAUGAUAGAAAAACAAAAUUCAUGUACAUCAGAAAUAAUGAGUUGUAAUCAGCUGAAUGAUAUUGAUAGAUGUAGUAGUGAUAUGUACCACAACAUUUCCCCACAAGCCACCUCUCAUUACUUUUUUAACAACCAAAAAUUUGGAUCUAUUCGCAGUUGGAUUGGAGAUAGUGAUGAUUCAUCACUGACUGGUAAUGAAUUAAGAUUUAAGGAAAUAAUGGUAAGAAAUAAUAUUCAGUCAAAAUCAGAAUUUUCGUCAAGCAAGUAUUUUCAGUCUUUAGUUGAGGACAUGGAGGUUGAUGAAAAUUUUCUUCAGUGCCCUAUUGAUGAAAAUCCAAGUGAAACCUUUUUUGAACAUUUCAGAAGUCCUCUUUUUUUUGGAGAAACUGCCAGUAAUUCUACUGUCCAUAUAGACGUUCCUGAGGUAGUUGAGUCUGAUUUUAUUUAUAGGGAUUGGUCAGAAUCAAGCAGUAAAAGUAAGUCAUUCUUUCAGACUUGUGAUCAACAUUUAGCUGGCAGUGUGACAUCAGCAGCUUGUACACAAGUAUCUCGUGUGCCUUUGCCAACCAACAUGGCUCUAGUUCCUAUUACCUCAGUUCCAAGUAACGUUCCCUCACCUGAAGUCUUAUCUGUUAUAAGAAAACAAAAUCUUGGAAAAGAAACAAUUAUUCCAAAUAAUCCCCAAAUAACACACAUAUUAACUUUACCAAAUGUAAAUGUUCCUUUUGAUGGAUUAGAACCAUCUUUAUCAAUACUUAAAUUGCCCUCAGAAAGCUUGCUACAUGAAACUUCAGUGACAGGAUCCUCUGGUGAUUUAAAUGUUAGAGGCAAGAAACUUGAACUGACAAGCAAAUCAAUCAAAUGUGUUUCAGAAUUAGAAAUUGACACUUCCAAGAAACUAAAUGACCAAAAGCAAGAUUUUGCUCUUGAGUGUGCUGCUACCUCUAGUUCAGGUAAUGGAACAGAUCUAGAAAAUUUUUCUGAUGUAGAACAAGUAAGUUGUAAUACAAACAGUAAAAAAUCUGGUGCCUUAUCAGAUUGUUCUCCUCAGGACAUAUUAGGUAAGGAAUCAAGAUUAGAUAUAUUGAAAAUUAAAUCAAAGUCAUCCAUAUUAAGGUCCAAAGAAAUAUUGCUUUCCCCUUCUAAACCACUCACUUUGCCUUCUAAACCACUCACUUUGGUGCAAACUUCAUCAUGUUAUUGCUCAGCUGGUAUUAAGAAUUGUAGAACCUGUUAUUGUAAUUUAGGAAACAGGGAGAAGAAAACAGAAAACACUAUGGCUUGUAAGGAUCAAAUUGAAUGCCAGCAGUACUCUCUGUCAGAUUUAGGGUCUUUUGAUUUAGAUGAUGACAGUGAUAGGGCCCUUGAUACAGAUAAUGAAAUCCAUAUAACUAUCCCCAAAAGCAUUCUGGAACAUUCCUGUAAUCCUCGGGAAGGAGAUGAAUCUUUCACUAUAAGAAAUAAUGAUGUUAGUGAAAAAUAUUUGGUUGAUGUUCCUGUUGAUCAGUGUAGUAUAAAUGAAGAUAUUAUGUCUGCAUUUAAUUUUGAUGAAAUUGAGAAGCCAGAAUUGUCAUUUACAAAGGAAUUUAAUCAUGGAUUAAAGAGGAAGACUGAUGAUGAUUAUGAAGGCCAUGAAGGCCAAAAGAGAUUUAAAUCACUUAAUACAACCAUUGCAGUAAGAGGUAAUGAAUAUAUACCUCAAAAUGAAAACCAGUCAUUACCUUACUCUAAUUCACAACAUAAUUUAUAUAUGUGUGGAAUUCUUGAUAAUUCAGUUCCUCAUGAUAAGUACUGUUGUAGUUCAUUGCACCAUGAGUUUGAUGAUAAUCCUUAUCUUCCUGCUGACAAGGAAAAUGCUCAACAGAUAGGCAAAACUUAUGCAUCAUCCAGGAAACUGUGUAGAAAUAAUGACAAGUCUAAGGAUGCAGCUGUGUAUGAUAUUCUCAAAUCAUGUAUUGCCAAAGACUGUACUGAAAAUGAUUAUUCAGUUUGUAGUAAUGCCAAAGAGAACACUACCCAUAAAGUUUAUGACCAGACAGUAUUUGAUGAUGAUGUUAAGUUUGGUUCUAUGAAGGCAAGUCCUCAGUACGAUAGUCAUUCAUGUUUGAGGGUAGAGACAGGAGACGACAGUCUUAGCUUUUUUCAGUUUGAUUCUGUUGAUAAUGAGUUUUUAGGUUUGUUUCUUUCUCCAACUGAAAGUAAUUCAUCAAUAGCAAAAUCAGUUAAGGAAGAGGAAGAUUCAGAGCACUUUUCUCUCUUAAAAUCUAAUGCUAAUUUAGAGCCUGAAAAACAGGAAAAUACUUGUAUGGAGAAAUUACAACAAAAUAUGUUAAAUGAGGAAAUUCUACAUAGUGCCUCAGAUUGUACAUCACUAAUGGAUAAUGGUGAUGAUUUAGAUGAUAAAAGAAAUAUUGUACCAUCAUGUAUUCCAAGUACUGCUGAUGUUUCAAGAAAUGUAAGCCAAUCUAGUGCUUCAUGUGAAGAAAUUGAGCCACUUCUUAAAUCUAAAUGUUCAUCUGUUGAUUAUAAGGAAUCUCCUAGCUUUCCAGAUGCUAUUGAGUUAAAUCAGGGUCUUAACAAAACAAGUCUGUUGAAAAGGUCACAACUAUCUCUACCACCAUCUGGUAAAACUGUUGUAUUGAAAUCCUCACAGCCAUUUGGCAAAACAGUUAUAUUAAAAUCCUCACAAUCAAUAGGAAAAACAAUUGUGUUGAAAUCCUCUCAAACUUCUAGCAACAUGUUUGUGUUGAAAUCCUCACAACCAUCCAACAAGAUAAUUGCAUUAAAAUCAUCCCCAUCAGUUUCCUCUCAUAAUUGUGAUCGAUCUAACAGAACAAAGUUAUCUCCUUUACCUCCCAUGAGUUCUCAUGUUUAUCCUGGGAACCAAAAUGUUACUGGUGCUACUGUUUCUCAGUCAUUUCUGUUGUUACCAUCUCAAACUAAAGAAAACAAAGUAAAUCAAUCUUUGCCUGUGGCUCCUUUCUCACUUGCACUUAGUGGCACAACUACCGAUCAAAUGAUCAGUUCUGAUGUUCAGAAACCAGUAUCUCUAAUAGAUUAUCAAACUCCUGUAUCUGCAAAUUCACAAGUUAUAGUUCCACCAGCUUUAGCCACAAAUUAUAGAGAUUCUUCAUCCACUAUAGCACAGGACAGUCAUAUACCCUGUCCAGUAGAUAACAUUGUAACGAUGGUGGCUUCUACACCAAUUGCACAUGACUCCAUACAAGUUAAAAGGAAUGCACUGCAGAAAGAAAAGGAAAAGAACUUGGAAUCUUAUCCAAAUUAUGAUAAUAAUCAGGAGAGUUCCAGUAUGCUUAAGAUGAUCAAAUUGGGUUCAAAUGGUCAAUUUUACAUGAGACCUUCAUCAGCAUUAAAAAAUGCUAUAUCAGAAAUGAGAAAAAAAAACAUUGAAUAUAAAGAAGAGAAGGAAACUAGUUCCGGAUAUUUAACCCUGCCUGAUGGCAAUCCAAUUCCUCCUCCAAUCUUCAUUCCUUCUAAAAAGGUUGCAGAAGUGCAAGCAAUAAAGCCAAAGAGAAAGAGGAGAAGGAAGAGAUGUAUCAAUAGAAUUAAGACUCUAUUAACAGAAAAGAUUAAAGAAUCUUUUGAAUUUAAUGAUAAAAAUGAAAUUCCAAAAGUCAUAGUAGUCUAUACUAGGGGAAGCCUCCAUAUCUGUCAGAUAGAUGUUUCAGAAGACAGAUAAUAUUAUUUCAUAUAUGUUGAAAUUAAAAUUGAAUAUAUCAACUGGAAAAUAUGCUGUGAUGUUUAUUUAUUUACAUAUUUUAUACUUAUGUUUGUGACUAGGUAUGUGAUGAUUAUACUUUAUUAAUAAAUAUCAUACAAAAUUCA